CAAAAGUUGCUGAAGCUUUGAAUCCAAGUACAAUCUUCAACAUCGCCAUCGACAAUAAAGAUCCGCCGCAAUCAUGGCUCCACGAUCUUACAGCAAGACGGCGAAAGUGCCCAGGAGACCUUUCGAGUCUGCUCGUUUGGACUCUGAGUUGAAACUCGUCGGCGAGUAUGGACUCCGCAACAAGCGUGAGGUCUGGCGUGUCCAGCUCACCCUCUCCAAGAUUCGUCGUGCUGCCCGUCAAUUGCUCACUCUUGACGAGAAGGACCCCAAGCGACUCUUCGAAGGAAACGCCCUCAUUCGCCGUCUCGUCCGUGUUGGUGUCCUCGACGAAUCCCGUAUGAAGCUCGAUUAUGUGUUGGCCUUGAAGAUUGAGGAUUUCUUGGAGCGUCGUCUGCAAACCUGUGUCUACAAGCUCGGUCUCGCCAAGUCCAUCCACCACGCUCGUGUUCUCAUCCGCCAGAGACACAUCCGUGUUGGCAAGCAGAUCGUCAACGUCCCUUCGUUCGUUGUCCGUCUCGACUCCCAAAAGCACAUCGAUUUUGCCCUCAGCUCUCCCUUCGGUGGUGGACGCCCUGGCCGUGUUCGGAGAAAGAAGGCCAAGGCUGCUGAGAAGAAGGAUGGCGGUGAUGAUGCGGAGGAUGAGGAUGAUGAGUAGAUGCGCACAUUUUCUUUGCACACAGGUGGCUAUGGCUUGCAUACUUCGUGUGGUUUUGAUCACUAAAGCACCGAGUGUAAAAUAAAGCUCGAGGCGUUAAAGAGGCAUGCAUCGUGGCUGAACAAAGUGUCUGCCCACUUCCAUCCGUCAUCUUCCAUCCAGUGAUGACUUGCUCCUUCAAACCUGUGCCAAUUGUCCCCUGUAUCCUCUGCCAUACCUGAUAUGCUGAUGCUGCAGUAUGUCCAACCAGAAGGAUAGAAUUGCCACUGAAUUUCAAAGCUUUCCAAGGCACAAGGGCUGUAUUGACCCAGCAUCAACGCCAAAGCCCUUUGCGAUUCUCAAUUUGGAAUCCUCAUCUCGUC